AUGCGGAUCCGCUGCGUGUGGGCGGCUGCCCGGCGUCUGUGCGGCCUCCCGGCCCUGGGCCCUCCUCGCCGGCUGGUCAGCGGCCGGGCCGCGGCGGUGGAGGAGCUGUUCGCCCCGGACGGGCCUCUGCGGUCCUUCCUGGAGCGCCAGGCCGGAGCUGGCUCCCCGGGGCUGGGUGGUAGGCCGCAGGUAGCGGCGGUCGCCCGGCUGCUAAGCGCCAAGGAGCGGGAGCUGCGGGAGACCGAGGCCCUGCUGCGCGAUGAGAAUGAAGACUUAAGGAAACUUGCCGAGAAUGAGAUAACUUUGUGUCAAAAAGAAAUACUGCAGCUCAAGCAGCAGAUCAUUGUGCUUUUGGUUCCCUCCGAAGAAGCAGAUGAAAAUGACUUGAUCCUGGAAGUAACUGCAGGAGUUGGGGGUCAGGAAGCAAUGUUGUUUACUUCAGAGAUGUUUGAUAUGUAUCAGAAGUACGCGGCGUUUAAAAGAUGGCAUUUUGAAACCCUCGACUAUUUCCCAAGUGAAAUAGGAGGCCUUAGACACGCGUCCGCCAGCAUCGGAGGCCCAGAGGCCUACAGGCACCUGAAGUACGAAGGAGGGGUUCACCGAGUACAGAGGGUUCCCAAGACAGAGAGGCAGGGCCGCAUCCACACCAGCACGAUGACCGUGGCCAUUCUGCCCCAGCCCACCGAGAUUAACCUGGUCAUCAAUCCUAAAGAUUUAAGAAUCGAUACAAAGCGAGCCAGCGGCGCUGGGGGCCAGCACGUGAAUACCACCGACAGUGCCGUGCGAAUAGUUCAUCUUCCUACAGGUAUUGUUUCUGAAUGCCAGCAAGAGAGAUCUCAACUGAAAAACAGAGAGAUGGCCAUGAAAAAGUUGCGUGCGAAGCUCUACAGUGCGCGUCUAGAAGAAGAGACGAGUAAACGCUACAGCGCCCGCAAGAUCCAGGUUGGAACUAAAGGAAGAUCAGAGAAAAUAAGAACAUACAAUUUUCCACAAAAUCGAGUCACAGAUCAUAGAAUAAACAAAUCAAUACAUAAUCUUGAAACUUUCAUGCAAGGAGAUGAUCAACUGGAUGAACUGAUACAGUCAUUGAAAGACUAUGCCGAUUAUGAAUCUUUAUUAGAAAUAAUUUCCAAAAAAGCUUAAGUUGAUUUGUUAUUAAUACACCUAGGAAAGUGGCAGCAGAUGGUCCGAGGGGUUGGACACCUGCUGCCCGAGUUGGAGACCCCGCUGGAGCUCUGAGUUCCUGGCUUCGGCCUGCCCAGCCUGGCCAGUGCAGCUGCUUGGAAGGUAAAACACCAGGUGGGAAGAGCUGUGUCUCUCAACUGCCUUUCAAAUAAA